AUGAUGUCGUCGGCUUCUACAGCUACUCCGGCUAAGCAUGCCUUUGAGAGGCGUGUCGAGGGGGUCAAGUCUCCCAAAAACGAUAUUAAUGCCUUGAUUUUGGACUAUUUGACCAUGGAGGGCUACCCGAACGCGGCCGCAAGGUUCUCGAAAGAGGCAAAAUUGCAGCCGCAGCAGGAUACCUCGGCUAUCCGAGCACGGCAGCAGAUUCAGAACUGCAUCCAUAGUGGAAACAUCCAGACUGCUAUCGAGACUUUGAAUGAGCUUGAUCCUGAGAUCUUGGAUAAGGAUAAGGCCUUGCGGUUUUCUCUUCUGCGGCUCCAGCUCGUUGAGUUAAUCCGGGUUAGCAAUGCGUCCGGAGGUGAUAUUGGUCCUGCACUGAAGUUUGCCACGGAACAACUGGGACCGCCUGCUUCCACCAACCCUGCAUUUUUAGAGGACCUGGAAACAACAAUGGCUCUGCUAUUAUUUAAUCCAGACUCCUUAGAGCCGCAACUCGCUGCUCUUCUCGACCCUAGCCUACGUCGUGAUGCUGCGGACAGAGUAAACAGGGCUAUCUUGGAAAGGCAAUCGACCAGACGAGAGGCCGCCAUCCGCCAGCUCGUGAAAAUGCGAGCCUGGGCAGAGAGUGCGGCGAGAGAGAAGGGGAACGGCCUCCCAGAACGUCUCGAUCUCGGAUUGGGAGGUGACGAGUCCCAAAGCCAAACAUGGCGAGGAUCCGGUUCUGAAAAUGGACAUGAAUCCAUGAUGACGACUUGA